UCAAGAGCCAAAUUUGACCAUGUCUACUACUCCAGAAAAGAUGUACACUACGAUCCGUAUACCCAAAAGCUCUGGUAGUACGCAUCUCAAUGCCCUAGCUACCAGAUUCCGCGAAUUCAAGCUUGACGCGCUCAAAAGCGCCCCAGAGGCUUUUUCAGCGGAAUUCGAUAGCGAAGCUCGGCUCCCACAAUCGACAUGGCUCAGCAGGAUCACCGAACCAAGCACGACGAUUCUGAUCUGCGUUGCGAUAAGAACGGACACGGACGAGGAAUCAUUAGCACCUGGCAAUAGGCAAUUGAGAAUCUUGCUAGAUGGCGAAUGGAUAGGAAUGUUCACCAUGAUUGGCCCAGUAUCCCGAGACGACUACAUUUGGCCUGAGUCUUGUCAACCAGAACCAGGACCCGAAGGCUCCGAGACCCGCUGGCAACUUACCAGUCUGUUCACACUUCCUGCGUAUCGCGGCCAUGGUAUUGCCAAACGGCUUACCGAGGCAGCAAUCGAGUUCGGGAAACUUGCAUCGGGCGAGAUGGGGAGAGCGUCUAAUAGAGAAAUUUGGACGCGUGUUAGGCUUGUCGUACAUCCUAAGAACACAGGCGUUGUUAGGAUGUAUGAGAAGUUUGGUUUUAUAGACAGUGCGAGGAUGACGGUGGCGGAGGCUUGUGUUGCGAAUGGAGCUGCGGACAUGGUACCCAGGGAUGCUGAUCCUGAGAAAUGGCAUAGUAGAUUCGGCGUGGCCAUGGAACUUUUAAUCUAGUCAAGAGUCAAAACCAG